AUGGGUUUCCAAAAUUUUUGUUUGACUGAAGUGAGACGUCAAUAUUGGCCCUUACUGGGUACGGCAAAUGCACGAGCAGUAGUACGACGGUGUAUCAAGUGCAUAAGAGCUUGUCCGCGAUUUGAUCAACCACUAAUGUCAGUUCUUCCGAAGGACCGUCUUCAAUGUGCGAGGCCGUUCACAAUUACGAGCAUUGAUUUUGCUGGGCCUGUUUACGUACGUAGUGGUUUAAGACGAUUCCUCGCAAAAAAGUCGUGGAUUGCCAUAUUCCUUUGUUUUUCUACAAAAGCUAUGCAUUUGGAAUUGGCUGAAGAUAUCUCUAGCUCUUCGUUUUUAGCUGUUCUUUGCUGUUUCAUGGCCCGACGAGGAAAAUGUGCCAAAAUCUACAGUGACAAUGGGACAAAUUUUGUGGGAACUCAGAAGGAACUCGUUUCGAUGAUGAGAAAAGCUAGUGACCAAGUUAUAAAAGAAGGUAUUGAAUGGCACUUCAACCCUCCUUCAGCCCCACAUUUUGGAGGUCUUUGGGAGAGUGCAGUAAAGAGCACCAAACAUCACUUAAGAAGAGUGAUGGGGGAGCAUAAGCUUACGAGCACUGAGUUACGGACUCUCCUUUGCCAAAUAGAAGCUUGCUUUAACUCAAGACCGAUUACUCCGCUUAGCAGUGAUCCAUCCGAGAUGGAAGUAUUAACACCGGUUACAGUUUCUUAUUUUUGCUGA